AUGCCUUUUUACCCUUUGUGUAUUUUCGUUGUCUUCAAAAUCUUGCCCAAGACCAACCGUUGGCUUGAAUUUCCGUGCCAUUCGGUCCCGUACCGCAAUUGCAGACCGCCACGGAAUGAAUCAUCCCGCCCGGCCUCGUCCGGUAGAUCCAUCGCUUCCAGCCUCCAAGUCUGA